AUGGAGUUCUGUUCCAAUAUUCACGACAAACGCAUUCACUACAAGACUUCACGUAAACAUACAGCAGAUAUCGGGGACUUGAAAUACCAUGCGUCGGAAAUUGGUGAGGGUAAAAAAUAUGGUCAUAAAUCAGAUAUUUAUAGUCUGGCACUAAUUGGCGGUGAAAUAUUUGACGUGGACUUGUUCUCCACAACCGUAUUCAACUCGUCGGCAUCAUACUCUUCUAAACUCGUCGGCACAUCGGUUACAAACUCUAUUGGACUCAAUGAUGACCCACAAGUGGCUUAAACGCCCGGAAUGUAGUGAAGUGUUGCAGAAAUAUAACGAGUGGUCUAUCGAUAGGAAUAUUGUGGCAAA